GCGCGCCUGUGAUAAGCGAGGGCGCCUACCUUUUCCUGCAGAGCCUGACGGGCGAUGCGUGGGACGCCUGCGACGAGAUCAGCUUCGAGAGGAUGGGCACCGCCGAGGCAUUCGAUGAGAUAUUCGUGAAGCUGGACGUGCUGUACAGGUACACCCAGGAGGUCGAGCUGCCAGGCAGGUGCGACGGAUUCUUCGGAGAGUUCUCGAGGCAGCCGAAGGAGACGCUCAACGCGUACGUGCUCAGGCACGGCAAGGAGUUACCGAAGUUGCGCGAGGCUGGACUCGAGCUACCGGACCUACUGGCAGGCGACAGCGUGGCGCACAAGAAGGACAUCGACCGAGCGAACAGCACGUAUCAUGGACGAGUCGUUCGAGAAGAAGGAUAUUGGAUGGAGGACUACUAUGGUGAAGAUGAUGAGGCUUGCUACGAGGAUGAAUACGACCCGCACGAGGACAAUCAAGAAGACGACGAGUGGUACGAGGAAGACGAAGACGUGCCGGAGGAGCUGGAGAACGCCUGCGAGGCUACCGUGGAGGCUUACGCGGCGUACGCGGAGGCCCGAGCUAAGAUUAACGAGUUGGCGAAGUCUCGUGGAUUUUGCCCCGCGGUGGCGCUGAUCGCCGAGAAGCGUGGUGGCGGACUCCCGCCGCCGCGAGCAGGUAACGCCAGGCGGCAGACACUUCGACGGCAGCCCGAAGACGACGCACACGGGAUCUACACAACAGCAUGGACCAGGGUUCAGGAAGUGAGUUUGGUUACGGGAAAAGAAGUUGGCGACAGUGGAGCAACAGAACCAGUCAUGGGACUCGACGAGUGGCCGAAGUGGCGUAAGAAGCUGACGGACAUGGGCAUGGCCGACCAGAUCACGACGGAGCGGUGCCAGAAGACAUUCAGCUUUGGCAAGGACGCUACAGCAACGGCGAAGCAGAUGGUUACGUUCCCGGUCUGUUUUCGCAAGAUGAAGCGCGAGAUCACGAUGUACCUGGUGCCAGGCAAGGUACCGCUACUUAUGGCGAGGCCGUGUCUCGAAGAAUGGGGCAUCGUGGUAGACUGCAGAAACAGGAAGGCGAUGUGCCUGGGCGAGGGCCCGCAGACGUGGGGCGACAUCGAGACAUAUGAGAAAGGCCACGUGAUCAUAGACCUUCUGAGCCUCCCUGAGGACGCGCUGGAGGUCAAAGAGGAGUCUAGCUCGACGGGCGCCGACGCGGACGGAGACCGCGAGGUCGAGAGCGACAGGGAAGUGGAUUUCUACGUGACCGGCACGCAUGGCGAAGAGAAGGAGAAUGCGGAUACGACAGGCUUUGACGCCGAGCAGCUCAAGGACUUGUUUGUGAAAGCGAACAAGACGCUCGACGAGAAGGCGAAGGUCGAGCGCAAGUUUUGGGAGAUCUUUGUCAACGAAG